GAAACCAGUAUUUUGCAAAUUAAACGAACACAAACGCUAACAACGAUUGGAAAAAAAAAUAUUUGUAUUUCUUGUUUGCAUAAAAACUGUUGUCCAUAGCAAGUAAUAUUAAAGUGUAAAAGCCAGCCACCGCCGCCGAAUUCAUUCAUUCACUGAUUCGUGAGUGAGGUGGGACGAACAAUUGCAUUGUUGGUUAGACAGUUAUUUGUUGACGACAGCAGUGUUGUUGUGGCUGCUUGAAUGCACAGCUGCAGCUGGGCGGCAAUCGCAAUAAUAUAAAACAACCAAAAAACAACAACGGCUGAAAACGAAAAAUAAGAGGAAGUGCAAAAAACGAGCAGCCAACAAACAGCAAACCAGCAGCGCCGUCAACGGGUAGCGGUAGCAAAAAUGCAACAAAUUAAGUUGCAACAACACGAUUGCCAACAACAGCAAAUGCAACAGAGACAAUACAAUACAAGACAACAGCGACAGCGAAUAACAAAUAACUACCAACAACAACAACAACAACAAGGAAAACAAACACAAGAAGAACAACUGCAACAGCAGAGUCAGAGUCAGAGCCAGAGGCAGCAGCAGCAGCAGCAGCAGCAGCGAAAGCAACAAACCAAACAUAAAGAGCAAAAAGUCAUUCCAGCCGCAUAGUUGUGGCCUUCAAUGGAGGAGGAAUAAUAAAUGAAAACAACAACAACAACAACAACAAAAGACACAAAUAUUUCAAUAAAGACUCACAUAUUCAU